AUGACAAAUAUUGUUACAACGGAAAGCGGUGAGAAAUUCACUUUAUUCUACACUAUACGCAGUCCGUUUUCAAACUUCCACCCAUGCCGUUUUACUAUUUGUGAAGAUAUUGGGACUGGAGAACCUGAAAAAAGAUGGUAUUAUUCUACAGAGCAGUACUACAUGUUUCAUAAAGCACUUUUUACUGGAGAUACUGAAGCAGCGGAACAAAUAGCAAGUGAACGGAAUGCUCGAAAAAUUAAGAUGAUUUCACGCAACAUCAAAAAUUUUGAACGAGAAGCAUGGAGUAAAGUCAGUGGCGACGUGAUGAGAAAAGGAAAUUAUGCCAAGUAUACGCAAAAUCCAGUAUUGAGAAAGAAACUGUUUUACACUUAUGGUAGUACACUUGUAGAAUGUUCCCCUACAGAUUUAGAAUGGGGAAUCGGUUUAGACAUUAAUGAACCAGAUGCACUGAGUCCAACCAAAUGGAGAGGAAAGAACAAACUUGGUCACAUUUUGACGGAGAUUCGUGAAGAACUUUUAUUGAAACCGGAAUAUGCUCAAGAGGUAAGUGAUAUCUUAUCAAUGUUAGAAAAUUUCGAGAGCUUCAGUCGCCAGUUUUUUAUCCCUCCAAAACAUUCGACUCAACAGUUCAGUCAUCCAUCUGCUGGAGAUAAUAAUAGAAAUUACGAGGAAAAACGUAGUUUACCAUCUCCUGCAGAAAUCACCAAUACUGAUGAACCUACCAAUAAAUGUCACAGUUUAUCAUCAUAUCCAUGUGCGGAGUUAUCAGACAAUGUCAUUGAAUCGCAUGCUAUAUCCAAUUCAAGCGUCGAAAAUGACAGCACAGUUCCAAAUAAAGAAAGGCAUAUUCGAGUGACGAGAUUGGAUAGGAAACGUAACUACCAUCGUUUAUCGCAUUAUGAUCGUGACUAUAGUUGGCAGCACAGAGAUGUUUCAAGAGAUCACAGAGAAAGUAGCUCUCAGUCUAGAAAAAAAAGAGAAGUCUCCAAUAAUCGUAAGUCUUGUCGUGGCUCGAAGUUUCGGUCUAAUAAGUAUCAUUCGAAUAGUGAUUGUGACUCAAGCAGGUCAUUCAAAAGGCAACAAAAAAAUGACGAUACAGCUGUUCAUAUCAGUCGCUCUGAUGAAAGUAGACAUCAACAUGACCGUGGUUCAAGUUUUUCUGAUAGCGAUCAUAGUUCGAUUUCGACAAAAGAAGCUAGUGUUGUUGGUGUGAAAAAAGCUCAUUCGGAUCCGUUCAAAAAUUUGUUGGAAAGACUUCGCAGUAAGCGAUGCGGCAUGUGGGAGCACUGUAAGCUCUUGAAAUGUUGA